AUGGCUCGUCUCACUGCGACCCUGGAAACAGCGCCGAACCUUCGUUCAGCGACCCUCCUCCCAUUUGUCCCAAUCCAUUUACCUUCAUCGGGGCUAAAAGAACUUACCACGAAAGACCUGACCCAGAAUGAAUUGUCGUCGAUUAUCCACGACCUCCCCACCUCGAAAUCCGAAUUUCAUUGGACUGAGAGUCUGACAUGCCAUAGGAUGGGCUCCCCCGCCUCAGGUCCAUACUGCCUUGCGCCAAAUCGAGAUCGAGGGACUACAAGAGCUCUCUCAUUUUACCCUACCAGCACUUACACAUCUCCGGCUCCUGAAGCCCUUCUGUUCAUCCCCGCAAAGUCCAGACUGGAGGAUCAGCUUCUCAUUUGA